AUGGUAUGUAUCGUCAUUCAUUCUAAGUAUUUGGAGGAAAAUGCGUUUUAAUGCGGUUAAACCUGGUGUGUUUAAGUGUAAAACUAGUGUUGCUUAAUGCGUUUCCGUUCCUGUAGGCUAUUUGCUCUUCACUCAUUGAUUCCUCCUCAGAGGAGAUGGAAAACGCCCGCAAAGCGCAUAUGAUAUGUUUUAGCUGGUGCAUGGGAUAAUAUGAAAGCUUUUAACGGUUAAACCCUCUCGUCUUCGUGGAUUUACGUGUUGUAGCGCGUUCAUAGUCAAAAUGGGACCGUAAUUCCUCAUAACUGCGCAAUCCAUACAGCAAUACUCGUUAUUCGGCUGUAUCGUGUCAAGUAGCUGCGUUGUGCGGAUAAAAUUCCUCAUUUUGACUCAUUGUGGUUGUAUCGGGAUGACUUGUUCUCGAUCGGGAUGACAUUCUGGAUCGGGAUGACUUGUAAGCCACAUUCUGGUUUAUAGGAGUGUAAUUUUGCGGUCGUAAAGGCUUUGGGGUCGAUUUUACAACCCGCCUUUGAAGAUUUCCAACCGUUAUGAGAACAAACCGUGAUAUUCCCAACAAGAAUUAACCUGUUUUAGAGUGUGUUACAUGAAUGGGUAUGUUUCUAUCCCUGUGUGAGUGAUUUCUACUCGCAAUGAACGCAGUGAACCCGAGAAUGACGCUCCCCUGGUUAUGAGGAAAAGGAGCUGGCAGUCCCUUUUCGGCUUCCCCUUUUUCUGCGUUGCACCAUCUUGCCUCUCUCUCGCGCCGAGCCGUGCCGCGCCGUGCCGCCUCGUGCCACGAUGGGUGGAAUGGCACUGUUGUAUCUCGUCAGUGUUCCGCAACGGAAACGGACCAUAUUCCGUAAUUACAAGGUUAUAACUGUGGUUGGUACGAAUAAAAAAAGGACACCAGACCAGACGUAGUUCUGCCUUCACUGCAGGCCUCCUUUAGUAGGGUUUAUCUUGGGCUGUAUUAUCUAUUUGUGUUAUGUCGGCUGAUUUGGUUGCCUCUUUGCAAAUUUUUCGAUGUUAUGCAAAUGUGGCACCCGUAUGAGUUGUCGAAGAAGCAAAGCCUCUCACUGGCCACUGAAACCAUCAACAGCUGGGGAAGUUAGGUUGACUUUUCCCCCCAAUGUAACACCAAUUACUGCCAAGUCUACAGCUUUAUAUGAGGCCUCAGUGACUUGCAAAAUACACUGACAUGCACAUUACGUUUUAAUUAAUCUUACCAACCACAGGGGACGUGUUUGCACCCACAAUGGCAUCUGCAAUCAGCCCUAUCAGAGUGGCUACGUCUUGGAAAUGAUCUGAACAUUUCAUGACCCAUUGAUUAUCAGGCUGUAUGCCUUUUAUUCCUUCUGCUGUGAUCAUAUGUCCCAUAUAUGGUAUCGAAACUGCAUUGCAGUUUCGCGUUGCAAUGCAGCGCCGUAAUUGGAGUGUAAAGUGGGAUUGUUGUGGAGUUAGCUGGCGUAUCAGUGUACCUGAAAAAGUUGAAUCCACAGGCGUAAGCCCCUCGUCUGCAUCAAUGUACCUGCUGGAGUGGAAACAGCCUCCCCCAUUGAGGUGGAAGUAUCAAAUAAGUAGUCGGACUAUGCUAGGGCCCUAUCCUGUUCCUGUUACGCUCUUGUUUGCUGAUGCAUGUUUAGUAACUCGAUGGACAUCUGAUCCACGACGAUGAAUAAUUUAUAUGCUUGGCGGCAACACCUAGCCAUGUCCUGUGUUCCUACUGUCUAGGAGCGAUAAAGUGCUCUCUGUGGUGCGGAGGAGUACCCAGCCACCUACCACCACCAGGCCAUAUGGUGGACCGGCCUGGUCUGCAGGGUGUAGGGAGGGGAGGCUGGUGUUGUUUACACCCACCCUCUCUCCCUCCUCCCCUUCAGUCACAGCCCGGCCCCGAGGCCUCACUGUCUUUUGUCCGGCCUGAAAGAGAAGAGGCGUUCAGCGCUCUGUGGAGCUCUGUGCUCCUAUAGAAAAGGAGUGUGUGGGUCACACUGACUCUUUGUGUUUGUGCUUGGGUUAGGGUGAAUGGACAUGUGUGUGUGUGUGUGAGUGUGUGUGUGUGUGUGUGUGUGUGUGUGUCACACCCAUCUGCCAGAGUGACAGCUGGUUGUGCACCUUUCACAAGAUGAACACAGAGAAGCUACUUCAGGAGUUGUUGAAGCACUUCACCGUGACUGAUCAGUGAGUUGAAACCUGUGCACGGGCUUGAUUUCAAGGAUAACGGUCGACCAUCUUUUCACACAAUUCUGCAUCAUCUAUCGGACAAAUGUGAGCCGUAAAACGAUGCAGCUUGUUUGUGUGAGAGUGUUACAGAGAGAUAAUCUACAUUGGCCCAGUGAACUGCCUCCUGUCCCCCACAGUCCUGCUUGGAGAGCAUUGCUGGGGCUGGCUGCCUGAGCAACAGUGGGAGUGGCUGACCCACUCAUGCCAGCGAACCCCCCCCAACACUGACACACUCCUAUUCCUCUACAAGCUGUUACUGAGACAGGGAGCCUGGCAGUGCACAGCCCCGUCCAUAGGACACUGUAGAUAGUGAAUCACAGGGAGUUUCCUCCAAACAGUAUGUGGCGUAUAGAGAGUAUACAGAGAGAGGGGAAACGACUGGAGGAGGAGGAGUUGUUGCUGUUGGCUGAGGCUCAAGUGCCAGGAAAGGAAGAAGGAGGAAAAAGGAGAGUAGGAAGGGAUGGGCUGCUUCGUGGGUCUUGUGGUGCAGCAGCACCGUGAGGCCCCGGCUUGGGCCUGAGCCAGGAGAGGACUCAUAGCACUGAGUCACCGAACCCCACACCCAGUCCACUUAGGGAGACAGCAGGGGACAGAAAUGAUACAGCAGGAGCAUUGCAGCAGAAAGAAGUUGACCUAGGAAAGACAGGAGAAGAUACAACCAUCAGAGAAACGAACACGAAGGAGGAGGAGGAGGAGGAGGAGGUUGGCACCAGAAAGCAGACAAGACUGAGUUACUGGCCAAGCUGGGUGGCAUGUCGGUGUCGGCCGAGCUGUUUUGUCUCUUGACAUUUCCAUUGCAUGGAAACGGAGGCAGGAGGAGGGCGCAGGGAGGGGAUGGGGAAGAAAAGCAUGGGCUGCUUUGUGCAGAGACGGUUAUUGAAUCAUGUUAGCUAAUUGUAUGAGCGCCGCUGAAAUAGUCCAUGCACCCUUCACUGGCUUAAUCAAUCUAUCCUGAUCCUACUCAAGCCACAGAGAGGCCUUGUUUUUAAAAAACAGAAAGGUCAGCUCGCAAUGUGUCAUGAGAUGAUCCGCUAAAUCUCAUCUAGUCUAACCGAAUCAAGGUAUCACGCAAGAAAUUGGAUGUUCUGGCCUGGUUAACUAAAUAAAAUAGCCCCAUCCGUAAACACGGGCUCAGAUUUGUGUAGUACCGCUCAAAUUUAGAUUGCUUGUACAAACACGUAAACACACAAACAGGCGGCAGGAAUUUGCUUUGAGGCAGAACCGGCUACUCUGACUAAUUCACAGGAAACACGGGGCUGGAAAGUAUGGGUGUCGAAGGAAUACUGUUAAGAAGGGCUCUGUGUAUGCAUGUGAGUGUGCAGGCGUACGCGCACGUGUUCGUUUGUGUGUGUCUUACAAUAAUGAGUUGAAAAUCUCCUUUCUUCUCUAAAGCAGGAAUAAGGGGAGGGGGGCUUCUGUGGGAGUUCUUUGCACCACAAACUCUGUAUUCACACUUUUAUACCGCUGAGGGUGUUUUUUGUUUGAAAUCAGCGGUUGCUACACACACAAAGAGGCCUGAUCCAUCCAUGUAAAAAAGGCCUGGCAGUGGAUGCACACUCACCAUUUACAGCGCCGAGUGAGUCACUAUCAGCCAUGAGAGCCGAGCCUGAGCUGAGCAGAGGGAACAGGCUGGGAGGGGAGUAAACCACGCCAACCCAGCGGGCCAUUUUUCCUGUCGGUAGGAGCGUGGAAAACACCCCCAUGCUGCUAUGUCCUGAAUCAACCCCGCCUAAACAGUUUCUCCCGGUCUGGAGACAGCACUUCACCCGUUUUAGUACGCUGUCAAGUUGCCCAGCAGUCCCUUUUGUGUGCAGACCACCUUAAAUUCAUGCAGUGUGGCUUUCUAAGAGUCCAUCAAACAAGGAUAACCUUUAAAACGUUUUAUGGACUCUACUGUUACUGUUACUGUUAGAGCUCGAACUGGGUUACUAUCACUUUUAUAGCUCUUGAGCCAAAAUGGACUCCACCUGGUGUCCGACUACUUCAGGACAGUUAAGGAAAGCAUUUGAGAAAAUAAACGUUACCAGAAGUUGUUGAUCUGAUAGACCGGCUCGGACUUAAUGAGGCUUGGAGUUUACGUGGACCUUGGCAGCUCUGAGAGCAGAUUCUUGUCAUGGCCUAGCAAAGACCCUCAGACACUGCGACCAGUGUUGAGCUGUGGCGUGUGGGGACGACGAGGAAUGCAAUGACGAAAAAGACGGGCCUUUUGAGUAACUUCAUUGUUUGUAACUCUCUACCCUCUUUUUUUUUUUCCAACCACAGGCUGACCAACUAACAGAGGAGCAGAUCGCAGGUACGAAAAGACACUUUUUUCCUUUUCCUUAUCAAGCUCUAGUGGAAACAUGAUAUAUUCCCUUAACAGCAUAUCAUGACUCAGGAUAAAGGUGUCAUAAGGCAAAGUUUCAAUCACAGAGGCAUCUUAAUGUCUCAAGUAUUUGCAUGAAAAGUUUGACAUGUGAUCCUCAUGUGGUUUAUGUUCAUGCUCAUGUAGGCCAAAUUACAGAAAGUAUGUAGCUGUGUGAGCAUCAAGGUCUCUUUACUCAGAAUAAUCAAUUUCUGCUCACCUUCGACUCUCUCCUCCGCCCCCGCAGAGUUCAAGGAGGCUUUCUCCUUAUUCGACAAGGAUGGUGACGGCACCAUUACCACCAAAGAGCUCGGCACUGUCAUGAGGUCGUUGGGCCAGAACCCCACAGAGGCUGAACUGCAAGACAUGAUCAAUGAGGUGGACGCUGACGGUUAGUGUGCAAACUUGAUUUCUCUUGAUAGUCGAUAACGGUUGUUAGUUACACUGGGCUUGAAUGAAACGAUUGAGUUCUUCAGGUCCCGGUGGUAUCAUAGAAAAUAAAGCGGGAAACUCCCAUCGUUGGUCUUAAGAUCUAAAAGGAUGAUGACGUUUCAGCGUUUAGUGAUCAAACACACUUUCCUUAUUCAGACAUGGCCUCAUUCUACAAACAGGUUCUUUGAUAUGUCGAUGGUUUCAUGUUAGGGGAUCCUUACACGAGGAUAUACAGUCGAUCAUAUCUGCAAAAUCUCAAUUAUUCAGGUCUUUUCAAAACUCAGUUGGCGUUAAAUUUAUUUUCCAUCCCAGAAUAUUUCCAAUGUGUGCCACAAAUGGAUAAACGAUUGAAAAGUGAAUAAGAACAGGGCGUGACACUAACUUUCUUCACAAUGAAAACUGAUCAGAUAAUGUGUGUCUUAUUGGUCAACAUAAGUACUAUUAUUUGAAAUCAAUUUUAGGGUCAAUCGGUCACGUGACAUGGAAGCUAUUGAAGGAAAUGUUCAAAAUUUGCCUUUAAAUUUAACCCAGAAAUUUUUUAAAGGACAAAUUGGGGAAAUAAAGAGGCGUGUCUUAUUGGUCAACAUAAUUAUUAUUAUUUGAAAUCAUUUUUAGGUCAAUUGGUCACAUGACAUGGAAGCUAUUGAAGGAAAACAGCCUUUUCUGAGAACAUCAACCCGUAAUUUAUUGAUGGUCCCUUAUUCAACACCCAACGUUGACAGCGAGGAUGCCGAGUAGAUUUAACCACACUGCUGUUGCUAUUCCUGGUUACGGAGAUUGAGAAGACACUGGUAGAGCCGGCGAAUAUCCAACGUAAAACUAACUUCACCGCGGUAUUUACAUCAGUGUUGUUUUCGUUGGCGAUGACGUCAUCGUCAACGAAAACAACACUGCAGAAUAUAUGUUUAGCGUUUGACUGACAAAAUGCUCAUGAAUUUUGCAACUCUGUUCGUUGUUCACCACUAACGUUUUCGUCCAGUCUCGUCAACGUAUAUGCACAUUCGUCUCGUCACAUUUUAGUCGUCUAAGACUUAUGUUUAGCUCGUCAACUUCACGUCUUCAUCGUGGAAAAAAAGGGGCAAAACAACAUUGAUUUACAUAAAAAAACAUGUGUUGCCUCGGCUAAUUUUUUUAUACACGUGCCCCUAAAUACAUUUUACAAUUCGCACACAAAUGCGAGUGAAAUGGUCGCGCUGUCGAGCCCCGAAGAAGCAAUUAAAUCGUUAAUAUUCUCUCUACGUGCGAGUCGACUGUGAGGCAGAAGGAAGGGCUUUAAUAUUUAGGUUAAUAAGGUGACACCAUUCCUUCUCUAUCAGCAAUUAAACUAAUCCUUUCCUGCUCACACCCCCGUUUUUAAUCAACGAGAUGAUGUACGAGUGUCACUCGCGAAUGCCAAAUCAUUGUUGAGAAAUAGAUCUGUAAUUUUAUGUCACCGUUACGUUGCAUGACUGGGGCGAUAAAGCCUCUGUAAGAGAUUAGAGACGGCAUCUGCAAACAUAGAAGCGGUGUCAUUGCCCACCCCGCUCCCUUUUUUUUUUAACCAACUGUCCGGGCCAACUGUCCGGGCCAGCUUUAUUUUCAGAUGACGUGUCUCACUGUGUCAGCAGUUUAGUCACUGCGUGUUCAGCUCCAUCAUAGUUGACAAUGCGAACGCACAGGAGGCGCUGCUUUAAGUGCUCGUGAGCAGAGCGGGCGAAGCGACAAAAGACUGUCGGACAAGACAAGAGGUUCAACGAGUCUUUCUUCUUCUUCUUCUUCUCUGCAGCCUUUUCCCAAAGGGCUCUGAAAGGGACAGUAAAAAAAGAGAGAGAGUGGGGGAGAAGUUGGCCGGUAGCUCCCCAGCUGGCCAUCCUUGGGCGGUGUAGCCGAGGAUGUUAGCUGUCAGUGGAGCUUUUACCCCAGUGCUGCUCUGUCAGCUUAUAGGAUUUUUUUUUUUUUUAAAUGGGACCGCAUUGAUCAGGAGAAAUCAAUUUCACCACACUCCCUUUAUUGAAACGUCCUCCCACCCAUCCUCAGCGCCCUCCCCCCCUCCUAGGAGCAAGCAUACACACACACACUUACACACUCACACAUCAUCACUAACAUCCCCUUGUUCUGCCUCUGCCUCCCUUGGCUGAUGCAAUCUAGGUCAGACAGCAAUGAAGCUAGUAAUGGAAAAUAAAAGUGGUUACAUAAGGCCUCUCUGCGCUUUGCACAUCCAGUACCCACAUCGGCAGCAAUGGGAUGUCAGCUGGCCCAUUGAAAAUCAGCUUUAUUUACCAAACAAGGAGGCUGUGGCAAAGAAUUACGAUGAAUGGAGGAGAGGAUGGACGGCUUUAACGAGACUGAAAGCCGUUACAAGAGGAAAAGUCUUCUGGCUAUUGCGUCGUAAAAGCCGAGCCACGGUUUACGAACGGUUUGGAUUACAGUAGGAAAUGGAAAUGCCGCCGUUUAUCCCGCACAGAUGGGGAAACAAGCGAACCCCACCUGCUUGUAACACGCGUCAAUAUUUCAGGCUUCUAAAGAAGACCCCGUAUGUGAGAGAAGUUACAUCAUGUUUGAGUCGAGAUAAAGCUUUUUUUAAUUAUGGAUGAAAGAGGAACGGUACGACAAACAUAUUAGCUUUAGUCCCUGCACACCACUCAUCAUCAUCAUUACACAACAGCAGCCUGCCUGCCUUCUUAUCUCGGAGAGGGAAGUUGGCUUUAUGAUGCAGGGAAAAAGCUAUGACCACACACACACACACACACACACACACACACGCACGCACACAAGUACGCCGAGAUGCCUCAGCCUUCUAUAGUUUGCGUCAGCACCUCUUAUGUGUAAUCGCACCAUCUCCCACUCGGUUCACUCCUUAUAUUCUCUCCUCUUCACAUCUCCCUCAUCUCCAUCUCCCUCUCUGCCGCCCACUCCCUCCCUCCCUCCCUCCCUCUCUAUUUUCUCUCUCUCUCUCUCUCUCUUUCUCUCCCACCAUUUUCUCUCUACCCGCCUGCCUUCCUCCUGAUCUUCAUCCCUCCUUGCUUCCUUCCCUCCCUCCCUCCCUUCCCUUCCUUCCUCCACUGCAGCAGCUGGCUUGAGGUGCACUUGAGCAGAUAUAACUCCAGGGCUGCCUCUCUUCCCUCUCCCUCCAGAUGAUGGUUUUCCAGUUCUCCAAGAGUGAUACUGCACCUCACUCACUCACUCACUCACCCCCUCCCCUCCAACAGUCUCCAUCCCAACCCCCAGUGGCAGCAUGUGUUCUCUCGGUGCUGCCGGCUGUCUCUGUGCGUUAGAUAACAGGUCCUUAGAUUGUUACCCCCGGCCAUGAGAUCACCAUCUGCCCCAUCACAUUACUGCAUCCCUUUUGCGUUCUCCAAACACACACACAUACACACGUCCAUCCCGCCUCUCUUAUUCUCCCUCUAUCUCGCUCUGUCAUUGGUUAAUCUGCGCGCAAUCUCUCCCGCCCCGACUGUCCCACCACAGGGCUAAUCCUCCUGGGUACUUUACCCUCCGUGUCCGUGACCUUCACUUCAAUCCCUUGACUUUUUCCUCUUUUUUUCUUUUUUGGACGUUGUUGUCGGUUUUCAAUUAUAAUACCCCGACAAUCUCCUGAAAUCUCUCGGGUCUUCACAAAAGUCUUUUCACGACCAUUAGAUCCGCCGCUGGUUGCUGACACUCCCGCCCUCCCUCCUGUGGUUGCAGUUGGCGAGCUGCUGAGCUCCUCAUAGAUCCUUCCCCUGUCAGGAGGGUCUGAUCCUCUGCUAAUCCUGUCUUGACAACAGCAACAUGAUAUUGAUCCUGUUGCACGCAUACAUGCCCCUCCAGCACAGCAGCUGCCAUUAGCACCACCAUAAAAACCAAACCACUAAUUCCUGUACGACCGGCCAACAUACUGAAACCACAAAUAAAGAGCGUGUGAAAUGAUUCUAGCGUUGACAAAUGUGGAGGAGAGGACGCGAACAUCUGGAUCGAAGCCCUCCGCCCACUUCUUGUCUUUUCCCCUCCAGCCGGUGUCUCCGGCAGGGACACGGCUUUUGAUUUAUCCCGCCUCCCUUGAAGGCCACACAUCGCAGUACACUAUACGUCUGCAUUAUGGAUGACUAACCACGCGUUCCUCCUUGUUAUCCUGCUGCGCCGCGUAUAAAACACGCAAUCUUCCCAGGGGCUUCCCCCGAGGAAAGAAAGGAAAACACAGUCGCACACGUACACCCCCCCAUUUUUAGCGGUGUUUAUCACAGGAAGGAAGGUGUACACUAAAACGAUCGUCUCUCUGCGAUUACUCGCGUCUCAUGUUGCCAGAAAAGCAUCUAAUGAACAGAGAAGUUCAGGAGCGUACGGUAAUGCGAACUGUCAGAUUGAGGGAACACAAAAGGACCGCAGGACUUAACUCUUCAGUCGGAGCGUGCGUUUCAUCAGCUAAAUGCUGGCUUAGUUUCCGUCUCUGCUGAUCUGAGUUUGCUUUUAAAGUAAUUGCGAUUUUUUGCGCUGAUUGAAUGUGCCUCAUUGAUCACCGAUUCCAGGUAAUGGAACCAUCGACUUCCCGGAGUUCCUGACCAUGAUGGCCAGAAAAAUGAAGGACACAGACAGCGAGGAGGAGAUCCGCGAGGCUUUCCGGGUAUUUGAUAAGGUAAAUUACAUCAAAGUUUCUAGAAUUGGCAGACUGAGUUUUUAUUUUUUAUAUCCGUGUUUCAUCUGUUUCAAAAUAAGCAAGAUGACUCACAGGUUAGAUGACUAAACUCUAGGUUUUGCCAGGUCAGUCUGGGAGUGAGUUAAAUUUACAUAAUGAAGUAGAAGUCAUCAGUUUCCGACUUCCUCUUUGAUUAACACCGUGACUAGCAUGUCUGCUCAUUAAUCGAUCUGAGACUUUUUCUCAUUUCGUGUCUUUUUUUUUUCUUCUUUUCUUUCAGGACGGGAACGGCUACAUCAGCGCUGCAGAGCUCCGUCACGUCAUGACGAACCUGGGGGAGAAGCUAACAGACGAGGAGGUGGACGAGAUGAUCAGAGAAGCAGACAUCGACGGAGACGGACAGGUCAACUAUGAAGGUAACGCCAGAUGCUUCAUAAAGGGAGCGAGUGCUCAAAAAUGUCACGGUGCGCAAAUAGCUUUGAGUUUCUAGGUCAAACUAUAGGCUUUUAUUAAACAGGGGGGCCAGAGCAGUGUGUAUUUCUCUGAGGACACACACUCAGAAUAUUAGUUAUGUGUAUUCCUUAUUAUUAAUGGGGCUGUAGGUGGCGAAAAACAGGGAUGGGAGAUCGCCAUCCUUCCCCACAUCACACGAGAGACUGCGCCAAGUCCAUAAGUCUUGGUUGAAAAGUGUCCUAUUUCCACGCUCCCAUUGUGCCGCAGACGGACAAAGAAAGUCCUCUCUUAUUUAUUUAUUUAUUUAUUCUUUAUUAUGUAUGAAGACUCUUAUCGGCGGCCGCAACUGUAAGCACGGCGCUCGGGCUUUUAAUCAAAUGGGUUUAAUGAGAUGAACAUGGAAGCCGUUUGGAAAGGGGACACUAAUUAGGAUGUGUGUUCUAAACCUGCUCAGCUUGAUUAAAAAAUUAAUAAAGCAUUUAACAAUUUAGCAGGUGAGUGCUCUCGCCGGCAACAGGCUGAGCCAAAUCCUUCAAAACCCGAUGUCCUUAUUGUCCUCUUCUUCUCUCUCUCUCUGUCUCUGCAGAGUUUGUACAGAUGAUGACCGCAAAGUGA